AGCGGACCGUGGGAGCGAGUGGAAUUGUCUUCUCAAGAGUGGUCUUGCCUUAGAAAGGAGACUGGAGGAGGAAGAAGAAGAGAAGUCAGGAGGAAUGGCUCUUUCCCAAGAACUGUUGACAUUCAGGGAUGUGGCCAUAGAAUUCUCUCAGGAGGAAUGGGAAUUCCUGGACCCUGCUCAGAGGACUUUAUACAGGGAUGUGAUGAUGGAGAACUACAGGAACCUGGUCUCCGUGGGAAUCUCUUUUUCUAACCUGAAUAUUAUCUCCAUCUUGGAGCAAGGGAAAGAACCCUGGACUGUGGAGAGUAAGGUGAAAAUAACAAAAAUCUCAGAUGGGUGGGAAUGUAUCAAGAGUGUGAACACAGAUAUUUCUGCUAGAUUUAUGAUAAAGGAAUUUUUACCAAAAGAGGACAUUGAUAAAGGAGAAUUAUCCAAACCAGUUAAUUCCCACCUUGCCAGUCAUUGGAGAAUUCACACUGGAGAAAAACCCUAUCAGUGUAGUGAAUGUGGUAAGACUUUUAUCAAAUGUUCAGACCUUUGGCGUCAUGAGAGAAUUCACAGUGGAGAGAAACCUUAUAAAUGUAAUUAAUGUGGCAAGGGAUUCACCAAACGUUCCUAUCUUUGGGAUCAUGAGAGAAUUCAUACUGGAGAGAAACCAUACAAAUGUAUUGAAUGUGGCAAGGUCUUUAGACAGUGGUCUACCCUCAGGAUUCACCGAAGGAUUCAUACUGGAGAGAAACCUUAUAAAUGUAAAGAAUGUGGCAAAGCCUUUAAGCAUUCAAGUCUUGUGGAACAUCAGUGAAUUCAUACUGGUGAGAAACCUCAUAAAUGUAAUGAGUGUGGAAAAGCUUUUACUGUACGAUCAAGCCUAACUAAACAUAAGAGAAACCAUACUGGAGAGAAACCUUAUAAAUGUAAUGAAUGUGAUAAAGCCUAUACCCAAUUUGCACAUCUUACUAGACACCAGAAAAUAAUCCACACUGGAGAAAAACCGUAUAAAUGUAAUGUAUGUGGCAAAGCCUUUAGUCAAGAUUCAAACCUUACAAUACAUCAGAGAAUUCAUACUGGAGAAAAACCUUAUAGUUGUAAAGAAUGUGGCAAAGCCUUUAAACAGUAUUCAAGCCUCACUAGACACCAGAAUAUACAUCCUGGAGAAAAACCACAUAAAUGUAAUUAUUGCGGUAAAGCUUUUAUCAAACGUUCACACCUUUGGGGUCAUGAGAGAAUUCAUACUGGAGUGAAGCCAUAG